AGGAGGCGGAGGAGGCGGGAGCUGAGCUGAGCGGGGCGGGAGGCGGCGGCGGGGCCCGAGCCCGAGAAGAUGGCGGUGCGGAAGAAGGACGGCGGGCCCAACGUGAAGUACUACGAGGCCGCGGACACCGUGACCCAGUUCGACAACGUGCGGCUCUGGCUCGGCAAGAACUACAAGAAGUAUAUACAAGCUGAACCACCCACCAACAAGUCCUUGUCUAGCCUGGUUGUACAGCUGCUACAGUUUCAGGAAGAAGUUUUUGGCAAACAUGUCAGCAAUGCACCACUCACUAAACUGCCGAUCAAAUGUUUCCUAGAUUUCAAAGCAGGAGGCUCCCUGUGCCACAUACUUGCAGCUGCCUACAAAUUCAAGAGUGACCAGGGAUGGCGGCGUUACGAUUUCCAGAAUCCAUCACGCAUGGACCGCAACGUGGAAAUGUUCAUGACCAUUGAGAAAUCCUUGGUGCAGAAUAAUUGCCUGUCUCGACCUAACAUUUUUCUGUGCCCAGAAAUUGAACCCAAACUGCUAGGGAAAUUAAAGGACAUUAUCAAGAGACACCAGGGAACAGUCACUGAGGAUAAGAGCAAUGCCUCCCAUGUUGUGUAUCCCGUCCCAGGGAACCUGGAAGAAGAGGAAUGGGUACGACCAGUCAUGAAGAGGGAUAAGCAGGUUCUUCUGCACUGGGGCUACUAUCCUGACAGUUACGAUACUUGGAUCCCAGCCAGUGAAAUUGAAGCAUCUGUGGAAGAUGCUCCAACUCCUGAGAAACCUAGGAAGGUUCAUGCAAAGUGGAUUCUGGACACAGACACUUUCAAUGAAUGGAUGAAUGAGGAAGACUACGAGGUGAAUGAUGACAAAAGCCCUGUCUCCCGCCGAAAGAAGAUUUCAGCCAAGACACUGACAGAUGAGGUGAACAGCCCAGAUUCAGACCGACGGGACAAGAAAGGGGGGAACUAUAAGAAGAGGAAGCGCUCUCCCUCUCCUUCACCAACCCCAGAAGCUAAGAAGAAAAAUGCUAAGAAAGGUCCCUCAACACCUUACACCAAGUCAAAGCGUGGCCACAGAGAGGAGGAGCAAGAAGACCUAACAAAGGAUAUGGAUGAGCCUUCACCAGUCCCCAAUGUAGAGGAGGUGACAUUGCCUAAAACAGUAAACACUAAGAAGGAUUCCGAGUCAGCCCCAGUCAAAGGAGGCACCAUGACUGACCUGGAUGAACAGGAGGAUGAAAGCAUGGAGACCACGGGCAAGGAUGAGGAUGAAAACAGUACGGGGAACAAGGGAGAGCAGACGAAGAACCCGGACCUGCAUGAGGACAAUGUGACUGAACAGACCCACCACAUCAUUAUUCCCAGCUAUGCUGCCUGGUUUGACUAUAAUAGUGUUCAUGCCAUUGAGCGGAGGGCUCUCCCUGAGUUCUUUAACGGCAAGAACAAGUCCAAGACUCCAGAAAUCUACCUGGCUUAUCGAAACUUCAUGAUUGACACUUACCGGCUGAACCCCCAAGAGUAUCUUACCUCCACUGCCUGCCGCAGGAACCUGGCGGGUGACGUCUGUGCCAUCAUGAGGGUCCAUGCCUUCCUAGAGCAGUGGGGUCUUAUUAACUACCAGGUGGAUGCUGAGAGUCGACCAACCCCGAUGGGGCCUCCGCCCACCUCUCACUUCCAUGUCUUAGCAGACACGCCGUCAGGGCUGGUGCCUCUGCAGCCCAAGACACCGCAGGGCCGCCAGGUUGAUGCUGAUACCAAGGCUGGGCGAAAGGGCAAAGAGCUGGAUGACCUGGUGCCAGAGACGGCUAAGGGCAAGCCAGAGCUGCAGACCUCUGCUUCCCAGCAAAUGCUCAACUUCCCUGACAAAGGCAAAGAGAAACCAACAGACAUGCAGAACUUCGGGCUGCGCACAGACAUGUACACAAAGAAGAACGUCCCCUCCAAGAGUAAAGCUGCAGCCAGUGCCACUCGAGAGUGGACGGAACAGGAGACCCUGCUACUCUUAGAGGCACUGGAAAUGUACAAAGAUGACUGGAACAAAGUGUCAGAACACGUGGGAAGCCGCACGCAGGAUGAGUGCAUCUUGCAUUUUCUUCGUCUUCCCAUUGAAGACCCGUACCUGGAGGACUCAGAGGCCUCCCUGGGCCCCCUGGCCUACCAGCCUAUCCCCUUCAGUCAGUCAGGCAACCCUGUUAUGAGCACUGUUGCCUUCCUGGCCUCUGUCGUCGAUCCUCGAGUCGCCUCUGCUGCUGCGAAGUCGGCCCUAGAAGAGUUCUCCAAAAUGAAGGAAGAAGUACCCACAGCCUUGGUGGAGGCCCAUGUUCGGAAAGUGGAGGAAGCCGCCAAAGUGACAGGCAAGGCGGACCCAGCCUUCGGUCUGGAAAGCAGUGGUAUCGCCGGAACCACCUCUGAUGAGCCUGAGCGGAUCGAGGAGAGCGGGACUGAUGAGGCACGGGCAGAGGGCCAGGCCACAGAGGAGAAGAAGGAGCCCAAGGAGCCCCGAGAAGGAGUUGGGGCUGUCGAGGAAGAAGCGAAAGAGAAAACCAGCGAGGUUCCCAAGAAGGAUGAAGAGAAAGGGAAACAAGGUGACAGCGAGAAGGAGUCAGAGAAGAGCGAUGGGGACCCAAUAGUCGACCCCGACAAGGAGAAGGAACCAAAGGAGGGGCAGGAGGAGGUGCUGAAGGAAGUGGUGGAGUCAGAGGGGGAGAGGAAGACGAAAGUGGAGCGGGACAUCGGCGAGGGCAAUCUCUCCACCGCCGCUGCUGCUGCCCUGGCUGCCGCCGCUGUGAAGGCCAAGCACCUGGCCGCCGUGGAGGAGAGGAAGAUCAAAUCGCUGGUGGCCCUGCUGGUGGAGACCCAGAUGAAAAAGUUGGAGAUCAAACUCCGGCACUUUGAAGAGUUGGAGACGAUCAUGGACCGGGAGCGAGAGGCACUGGAGUAUCAGAGGCAGCAGCUCCUGGCCGACAGACAAGCCUUCCACAUGGAGCAGCUGAAGUACGCAGAGAUGAGGGCCCGGCAGCAGCACUUCCAACAAAUGCACCAACAGCAGCAGCAGCCACCACCAGCCCUGCCCCCAGGCUCCCAGCCUAUCCCACCUGCGGGCACUGCUGGGCCACCCGCAGUUCACAGCUUGGCCAUGGCUCCGGCCUCUGUGGCCCCUGCUCCUGCUGGCAGCGGGGCCCCUCCUGGAAGCAUGGGCCCCUCUGAACAGAUUGGGCCCGCAGGGUCAACGGCAGGGCCGCAGCAGCAGCAGCCAGCUGGAGCCCCCCAGCCUGGGGCGGUUCCGCCAGGGGUACCCCCCCCUGGACCCCAUGGCCCCUCACCGUUCCCCAACCAACAAACUCCUCCCUCAAUGAUGCCAGGGGCAGUGCCAGGCAGCGGGCACCCAGGCGUGGCGGGUAAUGCUCCUUUGGGUUUGCCUUUUGGCAUGCCGCCUCCUCCUCCUCCUCCCGCUCCAUCCAUCAUCCCAUUUGGUAGUCUAGCUGACUCCAUCAGUAUUAACCUGCCCCCUCCUCCUAACCUGCAUGGGCAUCACCACCAUCUCCCGUUUGCCCCGGGCACUCUUCCCCCACCUAACCUGCCUGUGUCCAUGGCGAACCCUCUACAUCCUAACCUGCCGGCGACCACCACCAUGCCAUCUUCCUUGCCUCUCGGGCCGGGGCUCGGAUCCGCCGCAGCCCAGAGCCCUGCCAUUGUGGCAGCUGUUCAGGGCAACCUCCUGCCCAGUGCCAGCCCACUGCCAGACCCAGGUACCCCCCUGCCUCCAGACCCCACGGCCCCAAGCCCAGGCACAGUCACCCCUGUGCCACCUCCACAGUGAGGAGCCAGCCAGACAUCUCUCUCCCUCACCCCCUAUGGAGAUCAAGGUUCCAGGAACAGCCCUCUCCCCACCACUGGGACCCUUCCCCAGCCUGGAGAGUUCAUCACUACGUAAGGAAAGCUCCUCCUGCCCCUCCAAAGCCCCUGCCAUGCCUGUCAGGGGCAUGCAUUUUUAUAUUGGAUUAUUCAAGGACUUCUGUUUAAAAGAUGUUUCUAAUUUCUGGGAGAGAGGAUAGGAUGGGGAUGCUGCCCUUGAAGAAAGGGCUGGGGAAAAGUGUUUCUACAAGGUUCUAAUUAACCACUUCUAAGGGUGCACCCCCCUCAAAGCUACUGCAUUUUUUAUGGAUAAAACAAAAUUAAGCCCUUUAAAGGAAGUAGAGAAAAAAGCCACAUUGCAGCUUCCUCCACCCACUCAAAACAAAACAAAACAAACAAAAAAAACCACCCCACCCAACUUUUACAUUUUUUGGAGGAGGGAGGUGACAGGAAAGGGGGAUUUAAGGUUCUGGGAGAGCUCUGGGGAUAGAAUAGGGUGCCGAAUCUGUCUCUUCCAGCCCCCCCGUUAGUGACCGAAUCAAUUCCCCACCCCCCUCAACCGCCCCAUCCCCAGUUUAUUCCUACUAAUCUCUCCUGCUGCUUCCUCAGUGUUGCUGUUCUAGGCCACCCCAGCUCAGCCAAUGACCCCUUUCCCUCUGAAUGUCAGUUUUGUGUUUUUAAAAGUCACCUGCGUAGUUGAUGUCAGCGUAUGUGUAUUUGGUGGGGAAACAUAUUUUGGGGAUUCCUGUGGUAGGUAAUAGAGGAAGAAAGGGCACUGUUCUUCCUCCUCCCUGGGCCCUGUCACUGGGCUCCUAGAAGACAUGGAGAAGGGAACUAGAGAGGAUGGGGAGUUGUUAACCUGAAUUUUUCAAAAAGCACUUAAGCACCUCCUUAUGACUUGGUGGGUCACCCCUCUAACCUCUUCCCUCUUCCCCCAGUACCAUCAGAACCUUGACUGGUAGCUAGGGGUUCCCUGGGAUUUAGGGACAGUGGAGGGGUGCCCGACCUAGGGUAGUGCCUACUGCCAGCUUGCAGCUAGGCUCUGCUCCCUGGAUUCCACUGCCUCCCCUACCGUCUCUCCCUUCCACAUCCUUGAUGUGAAGGCAGAUAGGACUCCAGGCUCGCCACCAGUUCCUUCCCGGUCCCUCCCACCAAGCUUUGUUCCUCACGUCCCGUGUUUCUCUUCCUCUGCGUCUUCGCACCUUUCUUCUGUUCAAAAGUUUUCUGUAAAUUUUUUUUUCUUUUCUUUUGUUUUCUUUUUCUUUUUUCUUUCUUUCUUUUUUUUUUUUUUUUUUUUUAUAAAUUAAUUUGCUUUCAGUUCCA